AAGAAACCUUCUGCUCGUAAAAAUGCCUGGGGCUGCUUGUCUUAUGCAGACCUUAUUGCUAAGGCUAUAGAAAGUUCUCCUAACCAACGUUUGACAUUGAAUCAAAUAUAUUCAUGGAUGGUUGAAAAUGUACCUUACUUCAAAGCCAAGGGGCAGACCAACAGUUCGGCUGGCUGGAAGAAUUCAAUUCGACACAACCUGUCCUUACACGGCCGAUUUGUUCGAGUUCAGAAUGAAGGAGCAGGAAAAAGUUCAUGGUGGAUGGUAAACAAAAACAACAGACUACAAAAAACUCCAAGAAGAAGAUCGGCCACCAUAGACUCAAAAACU